CGCGCUGCGACGGCUGCUUCUGCUCGGCUAACGGGCUCCCACCCCGCGAGCUCCGCGUCCGCGCGUGCGUCUGCCUGGUCGCGACAGGAAGCCUCCGCCGCGCGUGUUACCUGCUGCAGAACCUGAGACCAUGGCCAAACCAGCACAGGGUGCCAAGUACCGUGGCUCCAUUCAUGACUUCCCAGGCUUUGACCCCAGCCAGGAUGCCGAGGCCCUGUAUACCGCCAUGAAGGGCUUUGGCAGUGACAAGGAGGCCAUACUGGAGCUCAUCACUUCUCGGAGCAACAGGCAGAGGCAGGAGAUCUGCCAGAGUUACAAGUCCCUCUACGGAAAGGACCUCCUUGCUGACUUGAAGUAUGAGCUGACAGGAAAGUUUGAACGACUGAUUGUGGGUCUCAUGAGGCCACUUUCCUAUUGCGAUGCCAAAGAAAUUAAAGACGCCAUCUCGGGCAUCGGCACUGAUGAGAAGUGUCUCAUUGAGAUCUUGGCUUCUCGGACCAAUGAGCAGAUCCACCAGCUCGUGGCAGCAUACAAAGAUGCCUAUGAGCGAGACCUGGAGGCUGACAUCAUUGGCGACACCUCUGGCCACUUCCAGAAGAUGCUCGUGGUCCUGCUCCAGGGAACCAGGGAGGAGGACGAUGUGGUGAGCGAGGACUUGGUACAACAGGAUGUCCAGGACCUGUACGAGGCAGGGGAACUGAAAUGGGGAACAGAUGAAGCUCAGUUCAUUUACAUUUUGGGAAAUCGCAGCAAACAGCAUCUUCGGUUGGUGUUUGAUGAGUAUCUGAAGACCACGGGGAAGCCGAUCGAAGCCAGCAUCCGAGGGGAGCUGUCCGGGGACUUUGAGAAGCUGAUGCUGGCUGUGGUAAAGUGUAUCCGGAGCACCCCAGAGUAUUUUGCGGAAAGGCUCUUCAAAGCCAUGAAGGGCCUGGGGACUCGGGACAACACCCUGAUCCGCAUCAUGGUCUCCCGUAGUGAGCUGGACAUGCUUGACAUUCGGGAGAUAUUCCGGACCAAGUAUGAGAAGUCCCUGUAUAGCAUGAUCAAGAAUGACACGUCUGGUGAUUACAAGAAGGCUCUGCUGAAACUCUGUGGGGGUGAUGAUGAUGCCGCUGGCCAGUUCUUCCCGGAGGCAGCGCAGGUGGCCUAUCAGAUGUGGGAGCUUAGUGCAGUGGCCCAAGUAGAGCUGAGGGGAACUGUGCGUCCAGUCGACAACUUCAACCCUGACGCUGACGCCAAAGCACUGCGGAAGGCCAUGAAAGGACUCGGAACUGACGAGGACACCAUCAUCGACAUCAUCACGCACCGCAGCAACGCCCAGCGGCAGCAGAUCCGCCAGAUCUUCAAGUCCCACUUCGGCCGGGACUUGAUGGCUGACCUGAAGUCUGAGAUCUCUGGAGACCUGGCGAGGCUGAUUCUAGGGCUCAUGAUGCCACCGGCCCAUUACGAUGCCAAGCAAUUGAAGAAGGCCAUGGAGGGGGCUGGCACCGAUGAAAAGGCUCUCAUUGAAAUCCUCGCUACUCGGACCAAUGCAGAAAUCCGGGCCAUCUGUGAGGCCUAUAAGGAAGACUAUCACAAGUCCCUAGAGGAUGCUCUGAGCUCAGACACGUCCGGCCACUUCAAGAGGAUCCUUAUCUCUCUGGCCACGGGGAACCGUGAGGAGGCAGGAGAAGACCGGGACCAGGCCCGGGAAGAUGCCCAGGUGGCUGCUGAGAUCUUGGAAAUAGCAGACACACCCAGUGGAGACAAAACUUCCCUGGAGACCCGUUUCAUGACGAUCCUGUGCACACGUAGCUAUCCGCACCUCCGGAGAGUCUUCCAGGAGUUUGUCAAGAUGACCAACUACGACGUAGAGCACACCAUCAAGAAGGAGAUGUCCGGGGACGUCAGGGACGUGUUUGUGGCCAUCGUUCAAAGUGUCAAGAACAAGCCUCUCUUCUUUGCCGACAAACUUUACAAGUCCAUGAAGGGUGCUGGCACAGAUGAGAAGGCCCUCACUAGGAUCAUGGUCUCCCGGAGUGAAAUCGACCUGCUCAACAUCCGGCGGGAGUUCAUUGAGAAAUACGACAAGUCUCUCCACCAAGCCAUUGAAGGUGACACCUCUGGAGACUUCCUGAAGGCCCUGCUGGCUAUCUGUGGAGGCAAGGACUAGGGCCACCGGCGUUGGUCAGGAGCACCAGCCACCAUGACUGAGCCUGAUUGCUCCAGCUGUUGAGACUAAGGAAGGGACGGGUGGGGGGGGGGGGGGGGGGGGGGGCUCUUGUCUUCAACUGGGGUUUAGGGAAGGCUUCCGCUCCCACAGGCCACCGAAGGCCCAGCACGGUCACCCUGCUCCCGUGAGAGCAGCUGAAGAACCGUAGCCACAGAUCCCAUCCACCUCCACUCCCCGUCUUCCUCCUCAGCCCUUCUCGGCUUCCGUCCCUCGCUGCAGCCACUGCCCUGGUUUGGGCUUUGUCAAAUCCAGAAACAUACUGAGCCUCUGUCUGUGAAACGAGUGGAGUGUGUGCUUUGAAUGGGUGGGGUGGGGUGUGGUGGCUGAUACCAGCUGAGUGUUCAAGGGGAGGGGAGGGACGGUCAGUGUCUUCCCGCCAAUUGCCAGGCCUCCCACUGUUUCACUACCCGCCCCAUGCAGGUUUUUGCGCGAGAGAUGGAACCAGGAGUCUGGAUACCGAGGUUCAGAUUUGCAUCCGCACACACAUGCUUUCCAGCUUCUGGCCAAUCUCCUUCCCUCCCUGAGUCUCUACUUUUCUUAUCUACAAAAUGAGAGAGUUGGGCAAAAGGAUGUUGACUUUCUCUUUUAACAUUGACAUUGUAGGAUGUGCCCCCAAAUCAUCCCCUUUCCACUUCCCUCUUGAAAUAAAAACAGACCUACAGACUCACAAACACAUUUCCAGGGGGGAUCUGUGUUUUUGACUUAGACCUGCAGCCUGAGGUAUUCACCCACCAGGGAGUAAGUCCUCGCCUCCUCCUGUCGCCUGAGAAUCC